CCUCUCGUUCUUUAGUGCUACUCCCACCGCCCACCUCCGUCUCCCUCCACAUUCGUGGUGUUGGUGAGGAGGGAUGACGAUCGGCACCGGGAGAUCGAGCGUCGUGGUACCUCGAAACUUUCGACUGCUGGAAGAGCUCGAACGUGGUGAGAAGGGCAUCGGGGAUGGCACGGUGAGUUAUGGAAUGGACGAUGGAGACGACAUCUACAUGCGGUCUUGGACUGGGACGAUCGUCGGCCCGCACAACUCUGUGCACGAAGGCAGAAUCUACCAGUUGAAGCUCUUCUGUGAUAAAGAUUACCCGGAUAAGCCCCCGAGUGUUCGCUUCCAUUCCAGGAUCAACCUGACUUGUGUCAACCAUGAAACCGGAGCGGUGGAAGCGAGGAAGUUUGACAUGCUAGCCAAUUGGCAGAGAGAGUACACGAUGGAGGACAUACUGACCCAGCUGAAGAAGGAGAUGGCGGCGCCACACAGCCGAAAGCUCGUCCAGCCUCCCGAAGGCACCUUCUUCGAGUAGGUCACGAGGUUCCUACGUUAGGUACGUGAGAGUAUCGAUGCCUGAACACAUCGUACUGUGUUUUGGCAGACUGCACUGUAAGCCUGACAGACUGAUGGGACCGCUCGAGUGCAUGACGAGUACUACUAAUUACUACUUCGUGCUGUCGUUUGCUUAUGAUUAAUCUACAUUAGCAGUGAAUGCUUGUUGCUUGGAA